CGAUUCCGCCCUUCUUUUGGCAUAGGGCCUUAUUUUUCAUUUAGAACAAUGUCGUCUGCAGACGUCCUCAAUAAGGCUGAGAUAGUUACUUGUAAAAUUGAAUGGAAAUUAAACGAUUUACAUACAUAUAGAGAGUAUUCGCCAAACGAAAAGUGCUUCUCGAGUAAGAAGUUUUACCAUCCACAAUAUCGUUCAGCUGCGUGGGAGUUGCGAGUUUAUUUAUACUACUCUAAUAAUUAUGCUACAAUUGUACAAGUGAAGCAAGCGCUGAAAGUAAAAUUUGAGUUAUAUGCUUUGGAUGCUAGAGGAGAACGUGUCGAUAUUUGUCCAGUUAUGUCACACGAUUUUAUUCGCUACAAAGAAACUUGGAGACAUAAAAUUGAUAUGGAAAGAUUGACACAUACAGAUGGCUCUGUGUUGCUUGUUUGUGAAAUUCGAUUUUUGCCUCAAAAUUUGAAACGCAGUCGAAAGUUGAAAUGUGCAUUUAAUGAUAUUGGCAAUUUUUCGUCAACUAAUUUUAAAGAAUUAAUGAGUAACAUGUUUGAACAGGAAACACUUACUGAUUGUGUUGUUAACAUUGAGAAUCAGAAAAUAAACGCUCAUCGUUGUAUUUUGGCGCAGAAUAGUGAAGUAUUCUUAAGAAUGUUUGAACAAGAUGGGAUGCUCGAGGCGCAAAAUGGUGAAAUCAAUAUUGUUGAUUCUUCUUAUGAAUGCUUUCUUUCAAUGAUUAAAUAUUUCUACAGUGUUUCUCUGGAAAAAUUUCCCGAAGAAUUAUUUGCAAUUGCUGAAAAAUAUCAAGUUUUGCCGUUAAAGCAAGUUUGUGAACGAUUUAUGGCUUCGGGAAUUGAUGCUAAGAACUUCGGGAAACGCUUCCUUUAUGCUGGAGUACACGGUCUUCCUAUGGUUGAAAGGGCUUGUGUUGAUUUCAUUUCUGCUAAUCGAAAGAAAUUUUUGGCUAGUAAUGAGUGGAAGGAAUUUGAAGCUGAAUAUAAAGAAAUGGCAGAUCACUUGUUAAUUUGUGUUGCUUAUGAUGGAAAUAUCGCUUAA